AUGCGGCCUUGGUAUAAUCACAAAUGGGGAUUUAAAACCAGGUUCUGGUUCACCAACCUUAACUCCUCUACCCGACAGGUUUCUUUGAGACGAGGCAGAGGAAUCAAAAUUGAAGGAGGCAGGGGUACUGAUUGUCAGGUAGAGUGUGCGUGCUGCGUAGACAAAAAAUGUGGUCAAGGAAGAUGGUAUAAGAAUGAGUGUACUUCCGGUUGUAUUGAUGGUUAUUGGGGUGCUCGAUGUUACAAAGAAUGCUCGCACAGUUGUAAGAAGUGUAAAGAUAACUUUUGUAUUGAGUGUAAUGAUGGUUAUUACAUGAAUUCCCCCGGUACCUGCUCAAAAUGUUUAACCGGAUGUAAGAUAUGUACGUCAGGCAACACGUGCACAUCCUGCAAGAAUAAAUACUACAACGACAAUGGUCACAAUGACUGUCGUAAUCGUGUAGAUAUCUGUCCCCAAAAUUGCAAUUGCAAAGAUAAUCAGUGCGAGUCCUGCAAGGAAGGGUUCUACGAUCCCAGUAAUUCAUGCAUCAGUUCAUGUCCGGUUAACUGUAUCACGUGUUCAUCAAAUAAAACAUGUGAAAUAUGUAAGGAUGGGAACUACAAUGGUUAUGGGUACGGCAACAGUAGUCGACGUUUAAGGAACGACUGCAGUCACGUUUGCCCGGACAACUGUGAUGAAUGUACCUCAUAUAACAACUGUACUGUAUGCAGAUCUGGUUUCCAUGGAUUAAGAUGCGAACAGCAAUGCUCGUCAGCUCCAGCACAAACUGGAUGGACGGCAACAUCAACAGUAUUUGUUUUGGUGGCUGUUCUUGCUGGAUCAGCGAUUUGUAUCUUUGUACUUGUUAUCACUUUGAUCAAUUUGAAACUUCGUUACAGGUCGCAAGUCAAAAAAGAAGAAUUUGCAAUACAUCAUGACAAUACAUGCCCGGAAAAAGAAACUAACAUUAGAGUCCCGACAUGUCACUACGAGAAUACCGAUGACUUAAGGAGACCUGUUUAAUAAGGACCGAACGCGUCGUCAACCUUGUUGAAACUGACAACCAAGUAUGGCGUCGAUAUUUCAGAUACAUUUAUAUAUGUGUGUUGUUUCCUUUGUAUAUCAAAAAAUGAUUUCAUAAUUUGCAUAAAGUAUGUGUAAAUGAGUUUACAAUAGUUUGAAACUCAUGCAAGAAGCAGCAUCAAAUUUAAAAUGAAAUAAUUAUACAUUUACAUGUAUUUAAAAAAAUGUUCAAUUUAACUAUCGUCUCUCUGGGCUUACCUAUUGUUGAUAUUG